AUGGAGACCAGGGGGAGACAGACCAGGGGGAGACACAAGGCACCGGACAUCCUGAAGGUAAGCAUAUAGAGGCAGUCUGCUGAGGAUGGCAAAGAUAAUCAUUACAGGACCUAACAAUAGUCAUAACCACACAUAGCUGGUCAGUUGACUGAUAUUGGUAUUGGUAUGUCAGUUUCAUUUUCAGUAGAGAUUCUUUCUACCAAAUGUAUCCAAGGGGUGACCAACAACGGGUAAGAAACAUAAUCUUCUAAAAUAAAGCUUCUACAACACGCCUCCUAGUGGUUUGCGUGAAGUCUUUAAAUGCGUUUCAUGAAAACUUUAACAACUUGCCAAAUGUGUAUACUAAUGUGUUUUAUUUUCUUGUCUGUACUCAUUAAUCUAGUCAACUUGUUUAUGUUGCAUAACACCUCUUUCCUAUAUAGUAAUUACAUGUAAAUAUUAUGUUGUCGGUGUCGUCACUAUCACAAGCUGUAGAUUUCAGCUACAGUGGACCCAGAAACUUUUGGUCUGCUGUGAACCUCACGUUUUGGUUUAUUUUCAAUGUUCUUUCGGUUUACUGACCUUUAUAUUGUUCAGAUAAACUCUUAUUAAUCUAUGACUCUAAAUCUGGUAGCCUACUGGUGUUCUGCUUUGACUCAUGUAUUUUUACUACCAUACCCCGUUCAAAGGCAUUUAAAUCUUUUACUACCAUACCCCGUUCAAAGGCACUUAAACCUUUUGUCUUGCCCAUUCACCCUCUGAAUGGCACACAUACACAAUCCAUGUCUCAAUUGGCUUAAAAAUCCUUCUUUAACCUGUCUCCUCCCCUUCAUCUACACGGAUUGAAGUGGAUUUAACAAGUGACAUCAACAAGGGAUCAUAGCUUUCACCUGGAUUCACCUGGUCAGUCUAUGUCAUGGAAAAAGCAGUUCAUAAUGUUUUUUAAACUCAGUGUAUAUGGCGCAUUUUCGGGUACUCGAAUACUCAAACAAAUAAUAAUAAGAGUACUCGAACAGUCAAAAAAUGUCAAAUGCCCAUGCAUCUCAAACCUGAUACUUUGUGUAAUAUGUACAUGGAUGUAUUCAAUGUUCUGAUCCACAGAUUUAAGAAUGGGGGACGUGUUGAUGGCAGAGUUUGGGGUGGCAUUAACUCAAACCUGGCACUGUGUGUAAAUGAUGUACAUAAGUAUGUAUUAAAUGCUCUGUUCAGUACAGAUUUAAGAAUGGGGGACAGUUUGAUGGCAGAGUUUGGCGCUGCAGCUUCCUAUCUGCGCAAGUCAGACAAGGAGCGUAUGGAAUGCCAGACUAGAUGUUUAUACAAGGAUAACAAUUAUUUAUAAACUAAAUUGAGUUAUACGCUUUACUGUUUACUAUUAUAAUCCUUCUAACAAGAGACAACAAAGAGCAGAAUCCUAACUUGAGAUCUUUAACUUUCAUGCAAAUCUGGCAUUACCUGUAAAUAGUUGAUUUGUUAAAAUUCAACAUUGUGUGCAAUCUCACAUUAAGAUUGGUCUCAAAGUGAAUACCUCUGCACCUUGAAAAUUAUACACAUUUUUUUUAUUUGCUCUUCUUUCCGACUAUUACUGUGAAGGAGGACGACGUCCACGCUCAGAACCUGCCAAAGUUCGUUAAAAUUGAGGACAUGGUGAUGUUCGCCUUCCUGCACGAGCCCCCUGUACUGUUUGACCUCAAAGAGCGUUACGCAGCCUGGAUGAUCUACAAAAGUAAUGACCUGCCUGCUGAUAUCUCCAUUAAAUCAAACUCCCUCGUCUUCCACAGACCUACUCAGGGCCGUUCUGUGUUACUGUCAACCUAUACAAGUGGCUGCCAGUGUAUGAUCAGUCUGUUGUCAAUGCAUACAGAGGCAAGAAGAGGACAGAAGCUCCUCCUCACAUAUUCUCUAUCUCUGACAAUGCCUACCAGUACUUGUUGUCAGGUAAAAUAUCACUUUUCCUUUUCAUCUACAGAAAUCAAAUGAUAUUUGGAUAAUGUCACAUUUACUGAUACUUCUAUUUCAACAGACAGGGAAAAUCAGUCUGUCCUUAUCACGUAAGUACAUCAACCAAAGUUUAUAUCCAUUUGAGACUAUUUCAAAUCAAGAGGAAUUCUGAUACGUCAACAUUUGUAUUUUCAAUCCCAGUGGAGAAUCCGGUGCUGGAAAGACUGUUAACACCAAGAGAGUCAUCCAGUACUUCGCCAGCAUUGCUGCUGUUAGUGGAAAGAAAAGUGCAGCAGAAGAAAAAAAGGUCAAAUAGAAUGCAAAUGUUCAUUAUUAUCGAUCCUAAAUUAAACAUUCUUCAUGGCUGGAUGAGCAUAUGUUGACAAAAUGUAAUUUUUGUUCAUAGAGUAUUGAUUUUCAUUGCAGCAUUUUAACACUGUAUGGUUGUUGGUUUAUAGGGGACCCUGGAAGAUCAAAUCAUCCAGGCCAAUCCUGCCCUGGAGGCUUUUGGUAAUGCCAAUGUCACGGUUUCGGCCGAGGCUGCUCCUCCUCCUUGUUCGGGCAGGGUUCGGCGUUCGUCGUCCCCGGAGUACUAGCUGCCACCGUUGAAUGUUUCUAUGUUUGAUUGCUUUUGUCUGUCCAUUGCACCUGUGUCCGUUUGUGUCUGAUUAUGUGUUCUAUAAGUUUCCUGUUUUGUAUUGGUUAGGUUGUGUGUUGUUAUUUCGCCUGUCCGUUAGUGCUGCGUGUUCUUUCUGUCUAUUGUUUUGUUAGUUUACGCACAGUCUGCGUAAUCGUUCGCCUCUGUUUGUGUUUGAGGCCGUUCAUUGUAUUUGUGCUUGGGUUUUUGCACUAGUAAACGUUGUUGGACUAAGCUUCGGUGUCCUGCGCCUGACUCCCGCACCACAUUAACCUCAGCUAGUGACAGCCAAGACCAUCAGGAAUGACAACUCCUCCCGAUUCGUAAGUUUUGUCUUUGUUUGCAGUCAAAUAUCAUUCAAAUCUUAUCAUAAAGGUUAAUCUUAUCUGUUAACUUCAGUAUUAGAAUUGUAUUAGGAUCUGCAUUUUAUUAGGAUCCCUAUUAGUUGAUGUCAUUACAUUUUACAUUGUAGUUAUUUAGUAGACACUCUUAUUUAGAGCGACUUACAGUUAGUGCAUUUAUCUUAAGAUAGCUAGGUGAGACAACCACAUAUCACAGUCGUUGUACAUUUUUCCUCAAUGAAAAGUUGUCACUCAUGACGUCAGCUAUUCUUUCUCAGGUCCAUCAGCUAAUCUUCCCUUUGGGAGUAUGUGUGCAAAAUAACUGGGUUUAGAAAGUAUUUGUUUUAUUUAUAAUACUUUCAGUGCCUGAUUGAGCCUAACAGAUAUGGUUCCAUUACACUAUACGAGCUCAAUCAAGCACACCUAAGGUAUUCAAAAAGAAAACAAAUACUUAUUGGACCCAGAUCUUGGGUGCUCCAGUGGAGGCUCUUGUCACGUUCGUUAAGGAACGGGUCAGACCAAGGCGCAGCGUGAUAUGCAUACAUGUUUAUUUGACACGAAUACACAACAACAAAACAACUAACGAAACGUGAAGUCCAAGGUACACAAACUACAUACCUAACACGGAACAAGAUCAAACCACCCACUAGUGCCAAUAGGCUGCCUAAGUAUUGUCCCCAAUCAGAGACAACAAGCUACAGCUGCCUCUGAUUGGGAACCACACCGGCCAACAUAGAUCUACACAUAAUAGAAACCCAACAUAGAAAUGCACGACAUAGAACAUACACACCCUGACUCAACAUAUACGAGUCCCCAGAGUCAGGGCAUGACAGCUCUUCAGAGGAGGAAGGGGAGGACCAUCUUCUUCAGUGAAUUUCAUAAAAAUACAAAUUGUAAAACAUUAAAAAAGUUAUCCUUUUUAGAUAAAACUAUAUUAAAUAUAUUCACAUCACCAAAUAAUUGAUUAAGGUCCACAGUAGCCUCAAUAGCACUCUGUAGGGUCGCACCAUGGUGUAGCCGGAGGACAGCUAGCUUCCGUCCUCCUCUGGGUACAUUGACUUCAAUACAAUACCUAGGAGGCUCAUGGUUCUCACACCCUUCCAUAGACUUACACAGUAAUUAUAACAACUUCCGGACGAUGUCCUCCAAACAAUCAGAGCUUUUGCAGCAUGAAGUGACAUAUUGUCCACCCAAUCAAAGGAUCGGAGAAUGUACUGAAAGCAUAAGAUACAGCUAGCUAGCACUGCAGUGCAUAAAAUGUGGUGAGUAGUUGACUCAAAGAGAGAGCAAGACAAAAGUUGAACAGUUUUGAACAAAUUAAUUUCUUCCAAAAUGAAGGAGAAGCGAGAGCGAGAGAGAGAGAGAGAGAUUUCAUAAUUUUUUCUUCACUUUCAGUUUCACUUACUUAGCUAGCAAAUACAGAUAGCUAGUUUAACCUACUCAAACACCCUGCUCGAACAGAGGGAUGCUAUGUUAGCUAGCUGGCUAUGACUAUCCAACACAACACUGGAACUCUUCCAAGUCAAGGUAAGCUUUUUGUUUUACAAAUGUAUUGCCACCGGGGCCCACCGGUGUAAGUGCUAAACUGCUUACUGACUGUAAUGUUACUGCAUGAUUGUAGCUGGUUUACUAACGCGUUAGUUCUAUUACCUAUGUUGACUAUGACUUUACUUUAGCUAAUAUGGUGACAACAAUGUAGGCUGUGUGUAGCAGUUAUGAUAUGGUUUGGCUUGGAUUUUUUUUCCGCCUUGGUCACAUACUGCUGAUGUGUUGUGCAUUGCGAAUGGGAAAGGUGAGAGGAGGAGAGCGCAUAGAUGCGAGAAGGAAUACAAAGUGGCUGCUAUAAAAGUGAACUGUGUUUACGCUUGAACAGGGGUGUAUUCAUUCCCCCGAUUCUGUUGAAAAACAUUUCUAAAACAGAAGCAAACGAAAUGGGGAUAAACAUACCUGAAUUUGUCGAAUAUAAACUCUCGUUUGCAACUGUUGGACUAAUGAUUACACCCUAGAUCAGCUAGAUGCAGGCAAGAGUGUGCAAGGCAUUAUUGAAUGUGUCACUCACUGUCUGUCCGUGUCACCUCUAAGUUUUCUCUCCACCUGUGUACACCUACGUUGUAAACUUCCAUUCAUAGGCUAGGUUGUAACAACCUCAUGAUGGGUAUAGGGAAAAUUUGAGUAUCAUGUAGUAGCCUAAACCUAUUGCUGUUACAUUGAACUGGGUGAAUAGAAUAUGAAUGACAGUCAUCCAUAAUGCUGUAAUAGAAAUAAGGCCAUGCUCAUAAUAUAUAUAUAUAUAUAUUUUAAAAUUCUCCUCCCUCAUCUUAAACGGCACCGGCCACCACUGGGGUGCUCAUUAAUUUCUGCUUUGACAAUACCUUACAGGGUCAAUUCAUCCGAAUUCAUUUUGGAGUCAGUGGGAAGCUUUCGUCUGCUGACAUUGAGACUUGUGAGUACAAUACUCAAUUUGCUCAGCAUUGAACAGAUCUAUUUGACAGGGAACACAUUAAUACCAAAACAACUUUUCCAUACUUCUCAGAUCUUCUGGAGAAGUCACGUGUAACUUUCCAGCUCAAGGCUGAGAGAGACUAUCACAUCUUCUACCAGAUCCUGUCCCAACAGAAACCAGAACUGCUGGGUGAGUAUUGAAACAUCGAACUGAUUGGGUUGCGGUUAAUUCUGAAUGAAACUUUUGUAGUUUCCAAUUCAAUUCUGAUGAUGCAGUGCAGCCAGCCCAGGCAGUGUGCUACCCCCAUCCCCCACCGUAAACCACACAACACAAUAUAGAGUGAUUUAUGUCGUAACAUUUCCUUUGAGACACAUUCCAAAGUAAAGCCUUACGUAAGGCUAAGUUUGUCCAUGAUAAAGUUGCAAUUAUUUAAAUGCCACACUGAGAUCCAUUGCACACAAAACAAUCUCCACAUUUUCAAAACAUGAUCAGGACUAAUUUGCCGUCCUGUCUAUUUAUAAAUAACUGUUUAUGUUAUGACCUAUACCACAGCCCAAACACAAAUUAAACUGUGCUGUUCAAUUAUUUUCAGAGAUGUUACUUAUCACCAGCUAUCCCUAUGACUAUGCCUUCAUCUCCCAAGGAGAGAUUGCUGUAACUUCCAUUAAUGAUGCAGAUGAGCUAAUGGCUACUGAUGUGAGUAAAAUACCGUAAUUUUCGGACUAUAAGCCGCGCCUUUUUUUCCAAUUUUUCGACCCUGCGGCUUAUAUAACGGUGCGGCUAAUCUAUGGAUUUUUACAGCUAACGGCCACUAGAAGACCUCCUAAAUCUAUGGAUUUUACAGGUUACAGUCCACCAACUUUAACUCUAUGGGCUCUAUGACCGGUCCGCGCCUCCCACCUUUAAGCGGCGGGCUCCAGCAGGAAAAGCUGGAGGCCGGAAAAGAGUGAGACAGGUAGCGCGCAAAAGUAAAAGUGGAACCGAGAGUGGUACGAGAGACAGAACGAGAGACAGAACGAGAGCAAGACAGACAGACAUUACGAGAGCGAGACAGUUUGUCUCUUUCCCGACAAUCCCCUCUGUGCACGAACCCUUACAUAUGGUAAUUAAACAUUAAAACACCUGCGGCUUAUAGUCCAGUGCGGCUUAUAUAUGUACACAUCAUUCAAUUUAGCUGCUGCGGCUUAUACUCCGGUGCGCCUUAUAGUGCGGAAAAUACGGUAUAUACAUACUGUACAUACGAUAAUUUUCCACUUGUAUCCAACUCUUUCUCCAAUACAAAACAAUGGCCUUUUUGGAACUAGGUUGCCUUUGAUGUGCUGGGCUUCUCCCAAGAGGAGAAGAAUGGCAUUUAUAAGCUGACUGGUGCCAUCAUGCACUACGGCAACCCGAAGUUCAAGAAUAAGCAGCGGGAGGAGCAAGCAGAGGCAGAUGGCACUGAGGGUGAGUGCUGAGGAUUUAAAACCUCUCACUUCAAUAUACAGUUGAAUCUGAAAAAUCCUAAAUUAGUUAGCAUGCCUCUUCCAAUCAUAAAACUUUCCCUUUCUAGAUGUCGACAAAGUCGUAUAUCUGAUGAGCCUGAACUCUGCUGACCUAAUCAAGGGGCUGUGUCACCCAAGGGUCAAAGUAGGAAAUGAGUGGGUCACCAAAGGUCAGAGUGUCAACCAGGUGACUCUUUAAAAGAAAUGUGAACAUAAAACUUCUGUAUAGAGUUGCUAAUAUUUUCAUGCCUGUGAUUCCCCAUUGAACAUGCUUUUUAGGCCAGGACUAUGUCCGAUCUGUGUCUAGGAAACUGUCCCUAUGCAUUUCUGUUGAGGCUAUGUUUUGGUAAUUUAUUUUCUCAAUAUUUUGUAGGUGUACUACUCUAUUGGUGCACGUUCAAAGAACAUUUACGAGAACAUGUUCCUCUGGAUGGUGAUAAGAAUCAACCUUUCUCUGGACACCAAGAAUGCUCGCCAGCUCUUCAUUUGUGUGCUGGACAUUGCUGGCUUUGAGAUCUUUGAUAUGAGUGUUUGAUGUAAAUUUGUUUUAAAAAAGGACACAUCAUGAAACAAAUAAUCUAAAACAUCACAGCUGACAAAUUAAAGUACCUGUGAACUUCCCUUCCAGUUCAACACCUUUAAGCAGCUGUGCAUCAACUUCACUAAUGAGAAGCUGCAGCAGUUCUUCAACCACCACAUGUUUGUGCUGGAGCAGGAAGAGUAUAAGAAAGAGGGCAUCGUCUGGGAGUUCAUUGACAUUGGCAUGGACUUGGCUGCCUGCAUUGACCUCAUUGAAAGGGUUGGUGUCUUCAGUUGUGCAGUAGUUUAUAUGAUGUGUACAGAGUAUUCUUUGAGAUUUCAAACAUUACAAGAGCAAUCUUUAUAAAUGUGCUUCAACCAGAAAUUAUUCUGAUAUUUAUUCACUAUGCUUUUCCCUUAGCACUAAUUUAUUUUAAUAUAUUCCUUCCACUAGCCCAUGGGUAUCAUGUCCAUCCUUGAAGAGGAGUGCAUGUUCCCCAAGGCCAGUGAUUCUACAUUCAAAGCUAAGCUGUAUGAUACGCAUCUCUGCAAAAAUGCAUGCUUCCAGAAGCCUAGGAUUGUUAAGGGUAGACCAGAGGCACAUUAUUCCCUGGUUCACUAUGCUGGCAUUGUUGACUACAACAUUGGUAACUGGCUGGUGAAGAACGAGGACCCCCUGAAUGAGACUGUGGUCGGACUGUUCCAGAAGUCAGGUCUUAAGUUCCUGGCCAACCUCUUUGUGGGCUAUGCUGGUGCAGAAGGAGGUACUAUGUGUUUCUAUCUGUAAAGACUACAAACCACUAAAAUAAAUAACAAUCGCCAUGAUAGUAGUAAUAUUAGUAUAUUUGAAUUGUUAUUUCAUUAUCAAACAGCACCUGAAGAAAAAGCAGCUGGAGGAAAAAAGAAGAAAGGCUCUUCCUUCCAGACUGUGUCUGCAUUGCACAGGGUAAAUCUGAGCUUAUAUCAAUAUAUUUCAGAUGUUUUCACAUGGAAGAUUAUUAACAAAUGUAUUAUAUUUGCACUAUAUUUGAGAUGCCAGUAUGUGCUGGAUUGGCAUGUUCGCAUUAAAUGCUGUGGUGAAUCGUGAGGUACUUGGAGACUCAUUCCCUGAUGGAAAAUUCUACAUUUGUCAUACUCACAGGAGAACUUGGGUAAACUCAUGACCAAUUUGAGGUCUACUCACCCCCACUUUGUGCGUUGCCUCAUCCCCAACGAGAACAAGACUCCUGCCAUCACUAGCACAUUAGAGGCUGCUGCCUAUAGUCAUAGACUAGAAAUCACUCGCCAGUUUAAGAAAUUGAACACUAGUCAUUUUAAUAUUUUUUACAUAUCUUGCAUUACUCAUCUCAUAUGUAUAUACUGUAUUCUAUAAUAUUCUACUGUAUCUUACUCCAUGCCGCUCUGUCACUGCUCGUCCAUAUAUGUAUAUAUUCUUAAUUCUAUUCCUUACUUAGAUUGUGUGUAUUGGGUAUAUGUUGUGAAAUUGUUAGAUAUUACUUGUUAGAUAUUACUGCACUGUCAGAGCUAGAAGCACAAGCAUUUCGCUACACCCGCAAUAAUAUCUGCUAAACACGUGUAUGUGACAAAUAAAAUGUGAUUUGUAUUUGAUUUGGGGCCAUGGAGAAUCCUCUGGUCAUGCACCAGCUGCACUGUAACAGUGUGCUGGAAGGCAUCAGGAUCUGCAGAAAGGGUUUCCACAACAGGAUCCUGUAUGCUGACUUCAAACAAAGGUAGAAAUCAUGCAUUUUUUUUUAUUUAAAUUUUUGUUAAGAUACCACAUCUUCAAUCCAAAUGCUACCCCUGAUGGCCAGUUCAUGGACAACAUGAAGGCAGCUGAAAAACUCCUGGGCUCUCUGGACAUUGACCACACCCAUUACAGAUUAUAACACACUAAGGUCAAUUAUUUAAAUAGAUGAAAAGCAAUAAGACCUGUUGGACCAGGAUGGAAAAACAGCAGCAAUUACCAGGUCCAAGCAGUAUAUUACCAAAACACCACUGUCACGCCCUGACUCAGGGGACGCUUAUAAGUUGAGUCAGGGUGUGCAUAUUCUUUGUUGUGCGUUUUCUAUGUUGUAUUCUAGUAUGUGUGGAUCUAUGUUGGCCGGUGUGGUUUCCCAAUCAGAGGCAGCUGUCGCUCGUUGUCUCUGAUUGGGGACCAUACUUUAGCAGCCUAUUGGCACUGUCUAGUUGUGGGAUCUUGUUCCUUGUGAGGUAUGUUGUGUGUGCUACCUUGGACUUCACGUUUCGUUUUUAUUGUUUUGUCGAGUGUUUAUUGGUUUAAUAAACAUGUACGUAUAUCACGCUGCGCCUUGUUCUGUCCCGUCCUUCAACGUACGUGACAACCACGAUCAGGUCAACCUGAGCAAUGCCUCUUGAAAUAACUGCUGAUAUACCACUGAACAUGCUUACUACAUAUCAUCUGUCUUUAGGGCAAAUGGGUCAAGUCAAGAGAUACAAAUGUGUACUUGGUAUAGCGCCACCAUGUAGUACAUCCAGAUCUGGCUACUUUAUUUAUUUUUAUUUCACCUUUAUUUAACCAUGUAAGCCAGUUGAGAACAAGUUCUCAUUUAUAACUGCGACCUGGCCAAGAUAAAGCAAAGCAGUGCGAUAAAAACAACACCACAGAGUUACAUAUGGGGUAAAACAAAACAUAAAGUCAUAAAUACAACAGAAAAUAUAUAUACAGUGUGUGCAAAUGUAGCAAGUUAUGGAGGUAAGGCAAUAAAUAGGCCAUAGUGCAAAAUAAUUCCAAUUAGUAUUAACACUGGAAUGAUAGAUACUUAAAAGCAUUUUGGCCAUAUGUUCUGUACAUGCUUUUACAGACCUUGCCAAAUUGUGUAACUCUUGGUUAACAUGCUGGGUCUGAAGUUGUAAAAUCAAUUGCUCAUUACAGGGCCACCCUGUGGUCAAUUUGUGCCAUUUUCCUACAGAGGCUAGACAUCAGCAAUCUAAACAUGACUGCCAAGUUUAUUUUUUAUCUGGGGGAUACCACAUUAAAGUUAUUUAUGGUCAACUGGAAGAAAAAUGCAAUCCUACCAAAUACACGACGAGCCAAGCACCACAUUAUGGCCUUUGUGUAUCUUUAGGUGUUCUUCAAGGCUGGUCUCCUGGUUACCCUUGAGGAGAUGAGAAACAAUCAUCUGGCUCUUAUCAUCACUGGCCUCCAGGCCUGAUCACGUGGUCUACUUGCCAGAAUUGAGUUCCAGAAAAUAGUUGAACGCAGGAUGGAAUAAGAAUAGAUCAAACUUCUUCAGGCAAUAUGGUGAAGGUGGAAAAGGUUGUGUAAAAAGCUAAUUCUAUUCAAUUUCACAGGGAUGCCUUGCUUGUGAUCCAAUGGAACAUUUGUGCCUUCAUGGGUGUCAAGAAUUGGCCCUGGAUGAAGCUGUACUUCAAGAUCAAACCUCUGCUGAAGUCAGCAAAGACUGAUAAGGAGAUGGCCAACAUGAAGGAAGAAUUCCUGAAGCUUAAAGAGGCUUAUGCUAAAUCUGAAGCUCGUAAAAAGGAGCUGGAAGAAAAGAUGGUGUCCCUUCUCCAAGAGAAGAAUGACCUGCAGCUCGCUGUCCAAACUGUGAGUAACUUUAACUGCACUACAGUUACUUUGCUGCUGUCACAUCUUUGGUCCAAAUGGCCUUUCUAGUUAGCUUUUAGCUUAGAGCUAACAAGAGAGAUGGAAAAACAGAGAGAAAAGAGACAUGAUUUGCUAAAUAGAUUGAUAGAAGCAUUUAAAUGUUUAAAGUAAUGACUAAAGUAUUCCACCCCGAAACUGUAUAACUGUGUGAAAUGUGUUAGAAUCAUAAGAAUAUAAUCUAAUGAUGUGUGUAGCUUAGUUAGAAAAUUUUUGUGGCCUCUGUUCUGGGGGUGGCUAUAGCCUGCAUGGGAAUGUUGGUACUCUGUGGAUGUUGUCUAAUCCCUUGUGUGAGAGGUCUUGUUUCUAGGACUCUGAAAGCUGUGUCCCAGCAGAUGGUGAGAUACAGUCCGCUCCCGAAUUCAGACCAAUGGGAUGAACGAUACAUGCCUCCAGUUUUGGUUGAUGAUGCAGAAGAUUUUAAUCCUGAUGAACCUGCAUUGAAUGAGACCAUUUUUAAUGUUUAGUAUGCUAUCCUUUCAAUUAAGAUCAUAACGAAAAUCCUAACAAGAAGAGUUAUGAUUGGAAGUAGAGUUUGUUAGCAUGAUAUGAUUUAAUAUGAUGUAUUUUAUCAAGAAAUACAUUUAUUGUAUGUGUGUAUUAUUUAGUCAAAGGGUGGAUUGAUAGAAGAUUUUAAAUGUUUAAAGUAAUGACUAAAGUAUUCCACCCCGAAACUGUAUAACUGUGUGAAAUGUGUUAGAAUCAUAAGACUAUAAUCUGAUGAUGUGUGUAGCUUAGUUAGACUUAGAAAUAGGACAUUGUGGUCUUUUGCAGCUAUACAUGCAGGGGUCGGAUGGGAAACCAGAUGUCCCCACCUAGGGAGGGGAAGCGAGAGACUUGUAGACGAUAUAACCAUGUAGAGGCCUAAUGGAAAAAUACAGCCUGUCUAAGCAGGGAGUAGCCUAUGAUAAGAAUUUGUGUGUGUGAAUAAAAGGACUUGCUCUGCACUUUGGGGGCAGAGCGCUCUCUGAAUAAAGAACUGAUCAUUGUAUGCUGGGAUUCUGUCUGUUUUCAUAACUAGAGCCUUACAACCUCUAGGAUACAGAUGGAGUUAUAAAAUAGUUCAGUUUGAACAUUGAGAUAGAAAUUCUUGUGACAUAGAUACAUACAAUCAGUGGAGCAUUUUUCGAUCAUUUGUAGUGUCCAAAUAUUUUUCCACCAAACAAACUUCGGAACUUUGGAGAAUUGUAUAUACUUACAAUAUAUUGACACAUUGACAGCAAGAAGACACUAUUGGUGAUGCUGAAGAGAGAUGUGAGGAUCAAGAGCACAAUCCAGCACAUAUCAUUGCCAGCUGACCAAGGAGAAGAAGGCUCUGCAGGAGGCUCAUCAGCAAACGCUGGAUGACCUGCAGAGUGAGGAGGACAAAGUCAACACGCUGACCAAAGCCAAACUGGAACAGCAAGUUGAUGAUGUGAGUAUCAAAUAGGAAUUCAUAAAAAUUACAACAAAAUGUGUUAUAUCCUAAAAAUAGGCUACAGUAAAUUGGUUACUCCGAAUAUUGUUUUAUACAUAUUUUAUCAGCUUGAAGGGUCUCUGGAGCAAGAGAAGAAGGUGAGAAUGGGCCUUGAGAGAGCCAAGAGAAAGCUGGAGGGAGACUUGAAGUUGACCCAGGAGAGUCUAAUGGACCUGGAGAAUGACAAGCAGCAGCUGGAGGAGAGAAUGAAGAAGUAA